CAUCAGUCUGAUCCGAGUGCGCGCUGUCGACAGCGCGUCUUCAUAAGCGGUCGUCGCGUUGUGUCGUGCUAGUGUGUACACGUGAUUGGGAAGAUCAGUUGAAUCUCAGUGAAAAUGAUACGAUCGGCAGAGGCAUGCGCCUGCCCGAUCCGGGAGGUAGGGCCAUCCAUGGCGGCCUCCUGCGGGGGGCAGUUUAUGCUCUUCAUGACAGUGCUUGAAGCUUUCAUCAAUGGCCGAUGCGACCUCGCGGACCCCUGCAAUAGGGUCAGCAGUGAAACACCUGACAGUCUACUGGAUACUUAUGACUUUAUAGUUGUGGGUGGCGGGACGGCGGGAUCGGUGGUGGCUGCGAGGUUGUCGGAGAAUCCACAGUGGAAGGUACUUUUAAUAGAAGCGGGUGGGGACGAACCAACGCAGUCUUCAGUGCCAGCAUGGGUGACAGCUUACUGGGGCCGGCCUGACACGGAUUGGCUGUACAAGACUGAAGCCCAAGAGAAAGCCUGUCUGUCUGAAGGGUCGUACUGCAGUUGGCCUAGAGGCAAGAUGUUGGGCGGCUGUUCAACAAUCAACGGCAUGAUGUACAUGCGAGGACACGCGGCCGAUUACGACGGUUGGGCGAUAGAGGGCGCCACCGGCUGGUCGUGGUACGACGUACUACCGUUCUUCCUGAAGAGCGAAGAUAACAGAGAGAUAGGAGACGGAGUGUCUAGCCAGUAUCAUAACACUGGCGGGCCGUUGCCCGUACAGAAGUUCCGACACGCACCUCGGUUUGCGCACGACGUUGUGUCUGCGGCCAUCGAACUCGGCUACCCGCCCACCAGCGACCUCAACGGGGAAACUAUCACUGGCUUCACCAUCGCACAGACUCUCAACGAUAAUGGCUCCCGAUUUAGCACAGCACGCGCCUUCCUCAGACCCGCUUCCAAACGGGAAAACCUCCACGUGCUGCUUAACGCACACGUCGCCAAAGUUCGCAUAGAUCCCAACACAAAGAAGGUCACCGGAGUCGAGUAUAUUAAGGAUAAGGAGACGAAGUUUGUCAAGGCUAGCAAAGAGGUGGUCCUAUCAGCCGGCACCCUGAACUCCCCCCAAAUCCUCAUGCUCUCCGGCGUGGGUCCCAAGGAGAUGCUGCAGAAAGUCAACAUCCCCGUGGUCAAGGACCUGCCUGGCGUAGGCCAGAACCUGCAUAACCACGUUGGCGUCGAGCUGGAGUUUACGCUGUCGAAGGAGCCUCAGAUUGCUGACUUGGAUUGGGCUAGUGCAACUGAGUAUCUGUUGAAUAGAGAUGGGCCGUUGUCUUCUACUGGUUUGUCGCAGCUCACAGGCAUAGUGAACUCCAAGUACGCAGCGAGAGGCGGCCGUCACCCCGACAUUCAGUUCUUCUUCGGUGGCUACUACGCGUCCUGCAGCGAUGGUGUUGCGACUGACCCCGAGAAACUAAAAGAUAUCAAAAUGAGGAGAAGUGUCUCUAUAUCAGCCAUAGCUUUACAGCCCCGUAGCCGAGGAUACCUGGCCGUGCGUUCGGCCGAUCCGCUGCAACCUCCACUUAUGCAGCCCAACUAUUUCUUCGAUGAGCAUGAGCUGAAUGUCUUGGUUGACGCUGCUUGGAUCGCUCAUAGGCUGGCUAAUACAACUAUAAUGCGAGAAAAAUACGGCAUGGAACCUUCAGAGCGCGAAGAAUGCCAAGACUUUGUGAAACCUUCUGACGAGUACUUUAGAUGCCUGGCCAAACAUUACACGGCGCCCGAGAAUCACCAAGUAGGCACCUGCAAGAUUGGGCCCAAGAGUGACCUGAUGGCUGUUGUGGAUCCGGAGCUCAAGGUGUACGGAAUUCAAGGUCUACGUGUGGCUGAUGCAUCAGUAAUGCCAGUUGUGCCUUCGGGUAACACAGCCGCCCCAACCAUCAUGGUAGCCGAACGUGCGGCGCAGUUCAUCAUGUCUCGGUACUCGCGUCUCAAGAACAAGAACAACGCUGCCGCCACUGACGGCCUCAACAACCGUUUCGGCAGCGAUACUGGCGCUCUUGCUGGUGGGACUACCGAUAAAAACUUCGGAGAAUCGGCUAAAACGGCGGAGUCGAUUUAUUUCCAACCCAAAUGGAAGUACAAUCCCAGUGAGAAAUACGAUUACGAUACUCACUAUAAUCCGGACAGAUGGUACGGCCACAAAGACUGGAAGAUCCCCUCCUGGCACGAUGCCACUUGGAAGCAAGGCUUCCACGCGUACCAGGACGAGCAGAAAUACAAGGAGAAGUUCGUAGACGACAGCUAUAAUAAGUACGAUGAUCACUACACUGGACCGAGUCUGGACUGGACCACUAGUGGGUAUUCUAGCGAUUAUACGCAUGGCCAUUAAAAUUUAGUGUUUAUUUAGUUAUACAACUAGAGAUAGUAAUUAAGAGAUGGAGAGGAGUGUUAUAAUAAUACAGUUUUGUGUGUCAGUUUCGACGCACGCCUGCGGGCGUACCACACUUAGUUGGAUAAACUUUAUCGCAUCGGUGCGUCCCUAUCUCACUUACGAAUAGUGCGAAAAGGACGGUGUGACGUUAUAUAUCACGCGACCAUGCUAGCCUGCCUGGAGUUUCUUCUUCGUUAAUGAUGAUAAACUCCAAUAUGUGGUCGUCAAGACUUCGUUGAUAAACUUGUUUGUAACAAGAUUGUUUUCUUAAUAGUUUUACACACCCAUGAACAUAUAGUUUUUUUUUUUACAUUCCUAUUUUUUUAAAUAAAUAGUCAAAUAAAAUUGAUCAAAAUGCAGAAUAACUACGUCAUCAAAAAUUCGUUUUCGUACAAUUUUGUUGUUGUAAUAGUUAAAGUUAUGUGAUUAAUUUUUUUAAAGUCAUCUUGUUAUAUUGGUGAGCAAUAAAGAAAAUUUCUAUUGUACCUAUUGUAUUGUCACCUGAGGAAAUUCAAGGUUUAUUUGAAUCGAUAUUUCGUCACUACUUUAAAAAAAUCUCGUAUUUCAUGCUUCUCCUCAAAGUUAAAACGCAUUCAUAGCAUU